GUUAAAUUUUGAGAAUAAACCCAUAUAAAAGCUAUGUGAAGCAACUGUUUUAACAUAAAAAAUAGAGAUAUUUAUAAUAAUAGUAACAAUAUAAUAAAUUCUAAAAAUGUUCAGUGUAAUGUUAUCAGUAUGUACAAGCAUAGCUCGAGCAAAUGCAAUAUCAACGAAUUUAAAUAAAUUAAGUAAUAAGAGAUCUUUCCAUGAAUCAUGUGUUACUUUUGCUGCUAGAAAAGGUACCAGAGAAAAGGCACGAAAGAAGAAAGGAGUUAAAGUCGAAGAAAAAAAAGUUGGUUUCAUCCCACAUAAUAUUCGUGCCAAAAAUAAGUUAGCCGUGAGCACAAUAGACAAGCAUUUCAAUGAUAGCUACAAACAUGUUUCAAGCGACAAUGUUUUCAUCUCUAAGUUUUACAAAAUGAAAGUUUACGAUUUUGCAGAAGCAAUAGCUGCUCAUAGGCAAACACAUCAUCCUACAGUGUACAAUGUUCCAGAUGCAAAUCUAAAUGUUAAAAUUGAGCUAAACAUGACUGGUGAAAAAGUUACCCGAUUUAUGGAUAAAUUUCAACGUAUUGCAAUGAUACCACAUGCUUUCGAUCAAAAUGUUGAAAGAACUAUCAUUGUAUUCUGCAAAGGAGAUGCCCCACAGAAACAAGCCACUGAAGCUGGUGCCACCCUCGUUGGGGGACCUGAAUUAAUCAAAGAUAUUCAAAGUGGAGAAGUCAAUUUGGCUAAUUUCAAUUAUGUAAUAGCUCAUCCAAAUAUUCUACCAGAACUUGUAGCUAUUAGAGGUUUAAUGAGAAGAAAAUUUCCCAAUAUCCAGUCAGGAAAUUUGGGAGUUGAAGUAGGAGAAUUAGUAAGGAAAUUCUACACAGGCAUACAAUAUUAUGCUUUAAAAGAUGAAUACCAAAUGAAUUAUGGCUAUAUAGAUACUUGUAUUGGAAAAUUAGAUAUGGAUGAAAAAAAAUUAGAAGAAAAUUUACAUGCUUUAUUAGAAGACGUCAACAGUGUGAGGCCAAAAAGGGAUGGUCUUUUUAUUACAAGGUGUUUGGUUUCGAGUCCGCCAUCUGCUGAAGCAUUCCAAAUCAAUCCUUUUAAUUAUGUCAGCAAAGAAUAUGAUUUAAAAAAACCAAAUAAACAAGAUGACGCCGGUGUCAUAGAAAAAGAAGUUGAAUCAAAGGCUGAAGUCAACUAGCCUGCUAGUUUACAAAU